ACAUGACUUUUGACAGGCAUUGACAUUUGAAUAAUGUUUGCUAAAGUGCAAAAGGAAUCUUAGAAAAUAAAUAGAAUAUAAUGAAGAAAACGUACAUACCAAACAUCGACCGCAACAUUUAUAUCGACAAUUAUUUUUCCAGCUCAAUGAUACCAUUCCAAAGCACCUUAGAACAACAAUCUAGUUUAAAAAUCAUCGAAUUAAACGAUUCAAACACAACAGAUUCUGAUGAAAAUUACGAUCAACAACAUACCUGGUGUUACGUUGAUAAACGAUUAGAAAAAGAAAGUGAAUCUAAGUACAAAGUUAACGCACAAGCUAGAGCAAAACGACGAAUGAAUAGAGUAUCACCUGAAAUUGUUAACAAAACUAUUGAUUAUUUAACGUAUGACAAUAAAGAUUUCGUUGAGACAGAAAAUAGUAACUUAAGUAAUGCUUUAUAUAAUGCAUUAACUACAGAAAGGAUACCAAAUAAUCCUUUAAAUUGUUUCACAAUAAUUAACAACGAACUGGCUGAUUCUGAUCAAACUACAUCAGACAAUGAAGACAGUAUGAAAAUAAUACAAUGUGGUGACGUUGUACUUGAAGAUCAUAAAAGAAGUAUCUACUCAAAUGAAACGAAUUAUAACAGGAAUAUUGAUAGCAAAAGAACAAUAUGGAUUUAUUCAUUUAAAAAUAGAAAUUUACUAACCGAAGAAUCGGAAAACGUAUCAACAGAAGAUAGUACUUCUUCCUCGUCAUUUGAAAAUAAUGAUUAUAAAGAAAGAAUAUCAACACCGAUACCGUCUUUUAUACCGAGAUUAAAUUUUUAUGUAGCGGCAACACUACCACCGGUGACAGAAGUAAUUGAACCUUUGCAUAUUGCAACACCAAAUAAUAUAGAUAAAACAGAAACGUUGGUAUCAAAAUUGCAAGUAACUCCUCAAUUCUCAGAACAAAAUAGCCCAGCUUUAAAUACUGCUGUACCUUCGCAAAACAUUAUAAAUUGGAUGGCUUUAUCACCAAGAGAACGUAGAAGAAAGAUUAAAACUAAUCUAACAGAUGUCAUAGUAAAUGAUUGUGAAAUAAAUAUUGCUUCAAACAAACACACAGAAAGCAAUUUGCCUCUCAAUAUAGAUAAAGAUUUAACUUACGUCAUACCUAAAAGAAACGAAGUUGACAACGAAAUAACAAUUGACAGUAAUCAUGAUGACAAUACAAUAGAUGAAAAAGGAGAUCACAGACAAAUAAUACAAUUAAAAAAACCACAAAUUUUAUUAAAAACAAUAUCACCAAACAUUACUGAUCCUAUUGAAAAACUUAACGGAGAUGAAUGGAUUGGUAGCAAAGAUGAAAACAAAGAAGAAAAUCUUGAUAUAGACGAGAAAAAGAUUGAGGAAAUCCAAAAACCUGUAAAUAUUAUAAGGUGCGCAGGUGAUAGACUAUUAAAUAAAAAUAUGACAUUAUUAAAACCAGUAGAAUGGGCACAAUACUUACCAAUUACUGAUAGCAUACCAUCUCUACACCUCUCGCUUCCAUCUGAUAUAAACGAUGAGAAAAAAUCAUGGUUCAAAUAUAUCAUUAAAUAUUUUCAAUGCUGUAAAAUAUGUAAAUAAAUAAA